AUGGCGCCACGGAAAUCAACGUUGACCGACUGCACAGUGUAUGUACAAAAGCCGUGUAGUGAUGAGGGGAGCAUUAGGGCCAGACCAGCCAAAUUGGUGUCUGUUUCAUCGAUGGUGGGAUCUGUUAAUCCCCUUGGAACAGCCUCAGCAUCGAGGUGGAGGCAAGAAGCUCAUGAUCUUUUUGGGCUCAAAAGAUUGGCAAGAAAUUACUUUAAAAGUGGUGAACUUCAAACAAAAGAGGAUCUGUCUGUCAAUGGAUCACAUCAACACCGGGUUAAAAUUUCUGGCUCACCAAGAAAUUAUCCUCUAACCGGUACGAUGAUCAAAGUUGGGAAUCGCCUACCCCAGAAGAGACAAAAUUACUCCAUUUCAAUUGAGUCACUGGCAGAUCAACCAUUGAAUAACGGUGGAAGCACAAAGAAAAAACAGUAUACUUUAGCGGAUCGCACUAAUUUGAUAUCGUGCGAUGCCGCUGGUUUUAAGGCAUCUCGAGAACGGACUUUUCAUGACGCAAGUGUUUCUGAUGCCUGCAAUUUCGAGGUUGGACCCGCAAUGACUGACCUUCGGACACUUGAAACUGGGAGGGUUUUACAGCUCUGCAAUUUACCGAAUGAUUGUGGUCUUGGAAGUUUGCUUUCUCAAAUCACUGGCGGCCCGCUUGAACAAAUUGAUGUCUUUAACGAUCCGGAAGACCAGUCGGUCAUCAAAGCAAUACGAUUUCAAUUUGUUUCGGAUGAGAGUGCGCAAAGAUUUAUGCUUCAUGGUCAGUCUGAACACUUGCACAUUAACGGACACAUUUUGAAGCCCGAGUGGGUCUCGCCUUUCAAGACUUAUCAGUUAAACGGGAAGCUCGAAGCACAAAAAGAUCAACUGCUCGGACUUGGCGCUGGUGCUAAUACCAUCGAGAAUGCACCACGCCGGUGUAUAAUUGUCAAGAAGACAGGUCACAAAGAACACCUACGCUCCCGCCAAAUGUCCUCAAAAAAAUUGUGCGAGUUUGAUAUUGGCGAGCUCAAGCGAGAUUUUGCCGAGUUUGGAAGAAUAGCCGAGGUUACACCAAUGAUAUCACGUAAACUUUGUGUUUCUAUCAGCUAUUUUGACGUUCAAUCUGCAAUGAAUGUCAUAGCAAGCUAUGAGAAUCCAAGCACGUACAUGAACAGGAAGUACCACAGGGAGUGGUCAAUAAAUUAUGGUCGCGACAUCACAGAAAGACCUUGCUAUAUGAAGAUCUGA